UGGUUUAUUAAUGAUAAUACAAAUAAAAAAAUAUACAAUAUUGCUGAAAAAGAAAAACUCAUACAAGUUAGAGAGAAAGAAGCAAUUAACGAGCUUGUUAAAAAUUCAAAGUGCCAAGAUGAAUUAGAAAAUGAAAUUCAGGCUGAUACUUCAGACUAA